UUAUUUUAUUUGUUUUAUUAAAAACAUAUUUUAAAUAAAAAUAUAACAUGAUGACAUAUCAACAUAAGUACAUGAAAAGUUUGGUCAAUAAUAUUUUCGAACACCGUAAUUACAAUCGUACUGAACAAAAAGUCAAUGUAUCGUUCAAAGGACCCAUAAAUAAAAAGUAUUUUACGGAAGAUCCAGAGGCGGAAAACAUUGAACGACUCCUUUUAAGCAAUCCAAUGUAUUUGAACCCAGAUAUCCUAACACAGAUUGAGCUCGCUCAAAUGACAUCGUCGAAUGCACAAACUGUUGGUUAUCGUCCAUCUUCCAGGAUUGAACGCCUAGCUAUGCCGUUGCCGCGAUGGCGUAAACCGCUGAUUCGAUUGAGGAACGUUAACAAGAAAGUUAACCGUAAAAUUCCAUGGUGCAAAAAGGGCCCUAAAGCUCCCGAUGACAAAGUUCAAGUGAUAAGACCACCACCUCUACCAGCAAGAACUAAAACAGGAGUAUCACGUGCAGCUCUUAAGUAUGAGGCGACGGAUCACAUAAAACGAUUGGCCAAACACCGACCAAUACCAAAAAAGGACGACGACAAAAAGUUUUUCUCUGUAAAGCCAUUGUCACUUAUUUACAAGCCGUCACCUCGUAUCAAUGAAUUAGCCAAGCCCCGACACCAUAAUGUAAAGAAGUGAUUAUCGUUGAUUCUAGUAAUUACUAUUAUUAUUAUUUUAGGUUUUUAAGUUUUUCAAUAAAAAUAUACACUUUUAUCCUUAUAUUUUAUAGCAAAAUAUUUUAGGUAGGUAGUACUUUUAUAUCCAAAAAUU